AUGGCGUCCACCGAAGCUCAACCUCGGUUUGGUCAGUCUGUUAAAGGCUUAUUAUCGGAUAAAGUGGGUUCUUGCAGCGUGGACGUGAUUGCUCUGACGCGACAGGUGCUUAAAGUUUCCCGCAGCCAAGAACUUCUAGGCCAAGCGGCCAGAAACAUGGUCAUUCAGGAGGAUGCUAUCCUGCACUCUGAGGAUAGUCUAAGAAAAAUGUCCAUCAUCACUACGCAUUUACAAUACCAGCAGGAGGCCAUCCAGAAAAAUGUGGAGCAUUCGAAAAACCUGCAGGAUCAGCUGGCACAUCUGCUCAAGUGA